GUGAGGUCGGGGACUCGGGGCUUUUCAUUUAGGGCAAAGAUAUCCGGUUGGAAGUUGGAACCGUAGACAGUGUGCUAAGACCAUUGGGUUGGAACAUUAGAAGAGAUCCAUGUCCGUUGGAUUGGGAUCUUUUUCUCUCCUUACAUUUCACCAGAACACCUUAGAUCUGUUUCUCGUUCACUCUCGCUCGCACACUCGCAAAUUCGAAGUCUUCGCGGGUUUAAAACUUUAUGAAGAGUAGUCACUGGUGCUGUUCUUCGUUUGAGCUUCACGUUGGAUGCUUUCCAUCUCGGUGAAACAAGAUUUUCAGCACAGUUGAGGAUUGCAUCAGCUUGGAAGUCAGAAAAUGUUGGGCCGUUGUGCACGGACAGCUUUCACAGCUGGGCGCAUGUUUUCAGGGGAUGCAGUGGUGGAAGCUGUAUCAAAUGGUGGCAACCAUAGCACCAAAGCAAGCACUGGUGGACAGGACACGAUAGGACGAAGGCUUCUUACUCUCAUAUACCCGAAACGCAGUGCAGUUGUCACCAUCCAAAAAUGGAUUGAAGAAGGCAAAUCUGUCCGCAAGUAUGAGCUUAAUCGUGUUGUUCGAGAGCUUCGAAAGCUUCGGCGUUACAAACAUGCACUUGAGGUAUGUGAAUGGAUGACUGUUCGACGAGACAUGAAACUUUUACCGGGGGACUAUGCCAUCCAUUUGGACUUAGUUGCAAAAGUCCGUGGCUUGGCUAGUGCAGAAAAAUUCUUUGAAGAUCUUCCUGAGAAAAUGAAGGGACAACCUACCUGUAGUGCUCUUCUUCACACCUAUGUGCAGAACAAGUUGGCCGCCAAGGCUGAAGCUAUGAUGGAGAAAAUGUCAGAAUGUGGAUUUCUGAAAAAUUGUCUUCCUUAUAACCACAUGCUAUCCUUACAUAUCUCAAAUGGAGAGUUGGAGAAGGCUCUGGCAAUGAUUCAGGAGUUAAAGAAGAACACAUCCCCGGAUGUGGUAACGUACAAUCUUUGGUUAAAUAUAUGUGCUUUGCAGAAUGAUGUCAAGGGUGCAGAGCAGGUCUUCCUUGAGCUGAAGAUGUCAAAAGUAUUGGGAGACUGGGUUACAUGCAGCGUGUUGGCCAGCUUGUACAUAAAAAAUGGUCUCCUUGAGAAGGCAACACAUACCUUGAAAGAGAUGGAGAAAAGGGUUUCUCGAAAAGAUCGUGCUGCUUAUUCAUCCCUUAUUAGUUUGCAUGCAAGCAAGGGUGAUAAGGAUGAGGUCUACCGAAUAUGGAAGAAGCUUAAGUCAACCUUUCAUAAGAUGAAUGAUGCUGAGUAUAUCUGUAUGAUAGCGUCAUUGUUGAAACUUGGAGAAUUUGAGGAAGCUGAGAAUAUUUAUACGGAGUGGGAGUCUGUUUCUGGGACUGGAGACUCUAGGAUUCCUAAUUUGCUCCUUGCAGCUUACAUUAACAAUGAUCAGAUAGAGAAGGCAGAGAGUUUUUACAACCGUGUGGUGGAAAAAGGCAUUGCACCUUCUUACAAUACUUAUGAACUUCUCACAUGGGGUUACUUGGGUAAGGAGAAUAUGGACAAAGUCCUAGACAACUUUGAGAAAGCCGUCAAGAGUGUGAAGAAAUGGAAUCCUGAUGAUAGAAUGGUCCGCGAAAUAUUCAGUAACCUUGAGAAGGAAGGGAAUGUUGAUGGUGCAGAGCAGUUCUUGGUUAUUCUUCGAAAAGCAGGCCAUGUGACAACACAGAUCUAUAAUUCACUGCUGCGGACAUUUAUGAAUGCUGGGAAGAUGCCUCUUAUUGUUGCUGAACGCAUGGAUAAGGAUAACGUUCAGUUGGAUGAAGAGACACACCAGCUUAUUAAAUCAACAAGCAAACUUUGUGUAGGUGAAAUUUCUGGAAUCUUUUCUUGAUAGAUGCAAAACCAUUGAAUGCACCUUAGGGAAGGAUAUGGUGCCAGAUUAGAGGAUUUAACAGAACAAGGGGUUAACUAAAAAUCACCUUGCUGAAAGUGUUGAAAAGAGAAAUGAAUAGCGAAACAGGAUUUCGAUACUUUAACAACUGUUUGGAAGGACUACACUUUGUGUAUAUAUGAUGGUUGUCACAUCGUGUAGGUGACCCAAGGCGUUGAAGCUCUGAGGGGGGUGGGGCUGGAUGCAAGGCGACGCCAACAAGGCAACGCCAACAAGGCAACCACAGUGACCAAUGCGUCUGUCUUUUUGAAGUUCACACUUUGACAACAAUGGUAUAUAUAUGGAUAUCAUAGUGCUUUACUUUUAAUUGCACGAGUUUUAUUAGGAUCCCUAGUGGUGAACCAAAGUAGGUUGGGUUGUUAUCCUUUUGUUAUCUUCUGUGUACUUUAACUGCUGUAGAGUAAUGAGAAUGCGAAAAGUUUAGUUUUCUCCUCUGAACAAAA